GUUUCACUAUUUAUGUACUGCAAAAUCCAAAAUCAUAAUUAUUAUCGCAAAAUCUCCUCGAUUUUCAACUCGCUUUCAGCAACAAAAGAACUUGAGCACCUCCUUUUCUCAUUUUUCCUCCUGAAUGUUCGACUGUUCUUGGUUCAUUUUCGAUUUUUGGACGGCAGAUCUUAGAUUCUUCGCCCGCGAAUCAUAGGUGGCUUUACUGUGGUCGUUGGCGCUAGAGUCAGACUUGAGCUGGACGUAGUCAGCUUUGGCACCGUCAGACUCGAACUGCUGCUGGAUGUAGUCGUCUUAAGCGUGGUGGGGCUAGUAGCUGGAGCUGUCACGGAUAUGAUUGAUGAAAGAGAUGAGAUGAUCGAGCUGAGUACCGUAGAGACUGGCUUUGGCACCGUAGCUGAGGAGGAGGACGAAGAAGACGUGGUCAGUUUCGAAGUCGUGACCACGGAAGAGGAAGACGAUGACGAAGUGGUGGCCUUUGAGCUUGUGACUAGCGAGGAAGUUGUGUUUAGAAGAGUUGUCGACGUUCCUGCAUUUCCAUGUCCUUUCGUGCUUGUGGUUGGCUUUGUUGUGAGAACAGGUGUACUCGUGGAGGACUUUGUCGUUAGAAUUGAGGACGAUGAGGAUGAGGAAGAUGUUGGCGUAGGGAGUUUUGGGGUCGUCGAAAGAAUGGAUGAGAGAGUUGACAAGAUUGAGCUGACAAUUGUCGAUACUGGCUUGGGAGUUGUCAAGGAGGAGGUCAGAACCGUUGAACUGGAUGUAGAGGCUUUUGAAGUAGAUGUCAAAUUGGAUGAAAUCGUGGGAAGUAGUGUUGAGCUGGACGUGGGAGCUUUUGUGGUCGAAUUAGGCGCGAAGGUGGAUGUAGUCGUCCCUGCGUCUUCGUGGCCUUUUGUUGAGGAUGUUGUCUUUGUAGAGCUGCUUGUCGUGUUUGCUAUUGGUAGUUUGGUCGUGGUAGAGAGGACCGAAGACAGAGAUGAGAUGAUUGAGCUCAGAACUGUUGAGACUGGCUUGGGUACAGUCGCCGACGAAGAAGUCAGUGAAGUUGUCGGCGCUUUUGUUGUCACAGCUGACGAAGAUGACGUGGUUGGCAGUAUUGGACUGACAACGGAGGAGACGGUCGACAGGGUGGAGCUUAUAAUUGAGCAGUUGAUGUUGGUGGAGGAGGCUUCGGUGUUACAGCAGUGGAAGAGCUGCUAGGGACGAUAAUGGAUGACGUGCUCGAGACUUUAGGACUCGUCACUACUGAGGAGGACGUUGGAGCAACAACCGAAGAGCUGGAUGUACUUGAGACUUUGGGACUUGAGACAACUGGAGUGCUCGUUGGAGCAACUACUGAAGAGCUGGAUGUGCUCGAAACCUUGGGAGUUGUGACAACUGUGGUGCUCGUUGCUGAUGUGCUCAGAACUGACGUACUCGAGGUGCUGCUUGAUGUGGUAGCACCUUUACUAGCAACUCCGGCUGAGGAAGAAGCUGCACAGUUCGUGGGUUUGUCUUUGUUCAAC